AAGAAUAAAUGUUUUCAAAUAUCUUAACCUCUUUUUCCUUUUUCCUUCACAGAGAGAAAUGCUGCUCCUUCUUCAUAUAAAUAUGGCUGCAUAUUUGAUAGAACAUUGUUAAUCAGAGAUACCUGACAAUAGUAUAAUAUUGGCACAAGUAACAGAAAGAUGUAAAAAAAAAACUAUGUUGAUGUGAUCAACUAGGUCAGAUGGUGACUGCACAGUUUCUACAAUACAUUAAACAAGGGGAAAGAAAAGAAUGAAGAAACCUAAGUGCUCCUAUAAAUAUUCAACACGAUGGCAUGUCUUGAUACUGUUUUUAACAGUUGUGCUGCUCUUGCUGCUUAAACUUCUCGAAGUUGAUUGGAUUUUAUUUUUUCACAGAGAUAUUUACUUUGCAGAACCAUUUUUAAGUACAUCACCGUUUGUGAAAAACAAGUACAGCCACUUAAAAAAAUACGCCCAGUAUGAAAUUAAUUGUUCCUCCAUCUAUGAUCAAGAUCCCAUGGAGAUUGGGAAGACUUUAGAGAUCAGGAGAAAAAAGAUUAUUGAUUUAGAAGAUGAAGAUGUUGUAGCAAUGACCAGUAACUGUCAGGUAUACCGAACAAUUAGAGAAUAUCACCUAAAGGCCGUUUCUCCAAAAGAGGAAGAAUUCCCCUUAGCCUACUCUCUGGUUGUUCACAAAGAUGCCAUAAUGGUUGAGCGGCUCAUCCAUACAAUAUAUAGCAGUCAGAAUGUCUACUGUAUUCAUUAUGAUCAAAAGUCUUCUAACACUUUCAAACACGCUUUGGAGAAUCUGGCCAAAUGUUUCUCUAAUAUUUUCAUUGCGUCCAAAUUGGAAGUGGUACAGUAUGCCUAUAUUUCAAGGCUGCAGGCAGACUUGAAUUGCUUAUCUGAUUUACUGAAAUCUCCAGUUCCAUGGAAGUAUGUAAUUAAUUUGUGUGGCCAAGACUUUCCCCUGAGGUCAAACUUUGAGUUGGUAUAUGAACUUAAGAGACUAAAUGGAGGUAAUAUGUUGGAGACCAUCAGACCAAGCAAUAGUAAAAGGGAAAGAUUUACCUAUCACCAUGAACUUCAGAAAAUGCCUUAUGAAUAUAUGAAGAUGCCUGUGAAAACUAGUAUUUCAAAGGAUCCACCUCCACACAAUAUUGAAGUUUUUGUAGGCAGUGCCUAUUUUGUUUUAUGUCGAGCUUUUGUACAGCAUAUUCUUGGCAAUUCCUAUGUUCAAGAUUUUUUGGAAUGGUCAAAGGAUACUUAUUCACCUGAUGAACAUUUCUGGGCAACUCUUGUUCGUGCACCUGGGGUACCUGGACAGAUUUCAAGAGAAGCUCAUGAUAUCACAGAUCUCCAGAGCAAAACUCGUUUAGUAAAAUGGAACUACCUUGAGAACUACCUCUAUCCUCCCUGUACGGGUAUCCAUCUUCGCAGUGUGUGCAUCUAUGGAGCUGCAGAACUAAGAUGGCUCCUCAACUACGGGCACUGGUUUGCCAACAAAUUUGACUCAAAAGUGGAUCCUAUUUUAAUAAAAUGUUUGGCAGAAAAGAUUGCAGAAAAGCAAAAGGAAUGGGUUGGCUUCUCUUCUGAAAAAUCUUUUAUACCCAGAAUAUUUACAGAUGUCUUCUCAACAGUAUAGAAUAGUUAUGAGUGGAUCAUGUGGUAUUUUUAAAGUAAGGAAUUGCUGGAUGGAGCCUUUUUGCUUGUCAGACACAUUCCUGUAAGAGACUCUCUGGUCUAGGCAAAAUGCAGUUACAUUUCUACAUCUGCAACUGAAAUAAGGCAUUCCCUAGCUGAGCACUGAGCAAUUGUCUCUGUUUAAGAUCCUUGGAACAGACAUUACAGGCAGUCCUUGUUUAGUGACUGCCUCAUUUAGUGACUGUUAGUUACAAUGGUAAUGAAAAAGUAAUUUUAUGACCAAAGCUUGCAUUUAUGACCUUCACAGGUCUGUAAAGCAAAGGAAAGCUGAAGUAAGAUCAUAAGCCCAGUCGCGGUUUCACUUAGCGGCUGCUUCACUUAGCGGCUGAGCUGUCCAUCCCAAUUGUGGUGGCUAAAUGAGGACUGCCUGUACAACAUUCAGUAAUAAAAGAUUAGCGAGAAUGAGCUCAUUUAUGUUUGUUUAAAUCAGUGGUUCCCAAUUCUUAAGUUUGGCACCUCCUCCCAUUUACUUCCUGUGUUCUCCCUUUAACCAGCAUAGAUUGUGCAGCUUGAAUGCUAAUCCAGAACUAGAAGAAGGAAGAAAAGAAGGAAAAAUAGGAUUGCUCUGAUCUUUUAAAGCCAUGUGCAGGGAAACAUUCAGACAAAGCAGCAACCCUUCCUAGAACAGGUUAGAAUGAAAUGGUAGUGCAGAAUAACUAGAUCCAGGGCUCUUUCUCAUGGCCGUGUUAAUGUGCAUUCCUCCAGUCCUUGAGUCAGCAGAAAACUACGCCAGCAUAAUUUGUCCUGCCUGGCAAUCAAGCUCAAAUUUCUUUCAGUGACAAGGCUUGCAAGCAAUCUACAGUUUUACUGUGGCACAAUUUUAGGGCAGCAAUUGGUAAAUUCCACUGGUUUCCCUUUACACCCCUAUCACCAGUCAGCAAGAGAAAUUGCACUCUGUUCUUUUAAAGUGUGGCACGGCAUUUGGGGUGAGCAUAGGUGGCUGCCUGGGACAGAGGCUUGAGCCACCUUUCAAGUUGUCAGAGUAACAGGUCCCUUAUGUAGAGAUGCCCUGCACUGAUAAUCUGAACAUGGAUCUGAACAUGCAUGCUGGCUGGGGAAUUGUUGGAGUUCAAGUCCACAUGUCUUAAAGUUGCCAAGGUUGAGAAACACUGCACUAGAAGAACAGAUGCUUCUUUGUAAACCAGAUGUUCAGGUUCUCCCGCAGUCCAAGCCAAAAUGGCCAUGAAGGGCAGCACCCAGGGACUGAAGAAGAGGGGUUAUGCCUGCAGCAGCCUCACUUAUCCAAUAGUACAGGGGUCCCCAACACCCGGGCCGUGGACCGGUACCAGCCCGUGGCCUGUUAGGAACCGGGCUGCACAGCAGGAGGUGAGCGGUGGGCGAGCGAGCAAAUUGACAGCCUGAGUACUUACAGCUGCUCCUCAUCGCUUGCAUUACUGCCUGAGCUCCCCCUCCUGUCAGAGAAAGCAACCCCAUUGGCUGCUAUCUCUAAAUGGCGUGAAGAAAAAAGAAUAAAAUGGGAAAAAGAGGAAGCGCUUGAAUCAUCCAGAAACCAUCCCCCCUCCCAGUCUGUGGAAAAAUUGUCUUCCACGAAACCAGUCCCUGGUGCCAAAAAGGUUGGGAACCGCUGCAACAGAAGCUUGGCAGGUGCCACCUGCGGACCAUACCAAGACCAAGAUUGUGAAUUAAGUUUUGUAGAUCAUUAAUAUGCCAAGAAUUGUGUUGGGAGAAGAUGGAAAACACUACUUGAAAAGAGAUAGCUAAAGACAGAUUUAGGUUGCUUCCAUAGUGAACUGGAGAUGAGACAAAGGCUGUGUUAUAAGGCCAUGUGCUCUAAAAAUGGAUAGUGAGUUAACUUUGUGCCACAGUGAGCAGGAGGCAAGGAUAAGAUCCCAGAAAUGCUAGGAAAUGUUUAACCCUUUGAGAUAGUGUUCUUACGGGUGGCGUUCAAUCCUCCCUCAAGUUUUGGCUGAUGUAGAGAAGAUUCUUGUCCCUUAUUAUACUUUGAUUCCUACCUCCAGCCCCAGGACUAUCUGCACUUUCAAAACCACUGGUUUACCUCAUGUAAAACAUUUGAUCAGGUUUUAUCUAUAGUUUUGCUUACUGCCUUGCUUACAGGGACUGAGCCUACAUUACCUUGUAUUUUGUUACAAUUACGGAUGAAAUCUAUGCAAAAUGAAUGAAAAUGCUACUAAAUUGGAUACCCAAUAGUGAGAUGUAUGUUGUAUGGUGCUUAAAUCAGCCUUUCUAUAUAAUUAUGUAUGUACGCUGGGCAAAUAUAAUUUAUUUAAUUAUUUCAAUAAGGCUUAUUUAAUCAUUUUAAUAUAUAUGAAAAACUCUCUGGACUUAACACUGUUCAGCAAUGAGAGACGCAGAUACGGCUUUUUGUAACAUGAAUUUCUCCUUCCCCAAAACUCUAAGAAAGAGAGAUACUGAAGUUAGCGAUGCUGGUUAAAUGCAGUUCUCUCUUCUUGCUGGUGGCACCACUGCUAUUGCAAGUGAGCAAUAAGUACUGCAAAUAAAAUGGUGCACAAUUCCCACAGACUUUUGUUGGGCAGUGCAUGGCAGAGCAUGUAUUGAUGACAAGAUGCGAUGCACAUUUCCUUAAUCACUUUUUUUUCUUUCAAGGUUAAAGCUUGAAAAAAAGACUGGUAAACCUGAACAAACGUUAAUAGGCUCUACUCCAGUUUUCCCUUUUUCUCUGAAGAACAUACACUUUCAUAUCCAUUUUCAUUAUUUCCUUUCCACCCCCAAUCACAAAUGAUCAUUUUUAUAUAAAAAUUAAUUUUCCCAUUAUGUUUGUAUGUUUCUUUAAAAUAGAGGUUCAGGAUCUUUUUAUAAAGGAAAGAGGAAGCAUAGGAAUUAAGAAUAUUAAGGUCCUAUGUAUACUAAAAAAAAUGGGUACAGUUUUUGUUCCAUCACUUUUUUUAGCACCUUCUGUAACCUGGUAAAGAUCAUGGCCAUCAGUGGGCUGGGAAUUUUGGAAGUUGCAAUGGGGCCAAAAGAGGUGUAUUACCCAAGAAAGCUGAGUGAAAUAAAUAGUAUUAAUGUGUAUUCCCAUUUCUGAGUAGAAAUUGGCCUUGUGUCAGUAAAAUAAAGCCUUUCAGGCUUUAUCUGAGGGUUA